AUGGCCACUGCAAGUUGUUCGUCUGGCGACAAAGUACCCAAUCACCUGAUUGGCGAACAUUCGCCAUACCUGCUUCAGCACGUGUAUAAUCCCGUGGACUGGUAUCCUUGGAAUGAAGAAGCUCUUGCAAAGGCAGCUAAAGAAGACAAACUAAUAUUUUUAUCCAUUGGCUAUUCUUCUUGCCACUGGUGUCACGUAAUGGAGAGAGAAUCGUUCGAAGACGAGGAAGUUGCAGCCAUAAUGAACCGCCAUUACAUCAGCAUAAAAGUGGAUCGCGAAGAACGGCCAGAUGUUGAUCAGAUAUAUACAAGGCUACUUCAGGCAAUGACCGGCUCCGCUGGUUGGCCAAUGAGCAUCUGGCUGACGCCCCAGCUCCAACCGGUGCUAGCUAGGACGUAUUUGCCACCCUGGAACAAGUACGGUAGUCCUAGCUUCGUGUCAGUGUUGAAUGCGGUAGCCACGGCGUAUAAAAAAAAUCCGUUGGAAGUGCGGCACCAGGCGCAAGAGAUACACAGUGUACUGCAACGUAUCUGCAAACGCGACGGAAGUUCUGUUGCUGAAAUGCCUGCGCAAGACUCUGCCAAGAGAUGUUUCGAUGUGCUCCGUAAAACUUUCGAUGAUGUGUGGGGUGGUUUUGGGAGCGAACCGAAGUUUCCUACGCCAGGUAAGCACGCAUCUGCUUUUCGUUCUAGUGAACAUUAGAC